AUGGAGGAAGUAAGAGUGUUUCCUCUGACAUGUGUGGUCCAGAACUACGCCUGGGGAAAGGUGGGUCUGGACAGUGAGGUGGCCCAGCUGGUGGUGGGUGGAGACCCGCUGGCCGUCAUCGAGGCUGGAAAACCGUACGCAGAGCUGUGGAUGGGCGCCCACCCUAAAGGCGACGCUCAGAUUAAAGACAACCGGAUCGCCCAGACCACCCUGGGUCAGUGGAUCGCCCACUUCCCCGCCUGCCUGGGGUCAAAGGUCAAAGACACCUUCCAUGGACAGCUCCCGUUCCUGUUCAAAGUCCUGUCUGUCAACACAGCGCUGUCCAUCCAGGCCCAUCCCAACCGGGAUUUAGCGGCUCGUCUCCACGCUCAGUUUCCGGAGCAUUACCCUGACAACAACCACAAACCGGAGAUGGCCAUCGCUCUGACCCGUUUCCAGGGCCUGUGUGGGUUCAGACCAGUGGACGAGAUCCUGGGCUUCCUCAAAGCCGUCCCAGAAUUCCAUGCUCUGGUCGGGAACGAGGCAGCGGAAGAGCUGAGGUGCAGCGUGGGAGACCCAGUCCGGACGAGUCAGGCCUUAAAGAAGUGUUUCACUCGAAUGAUGAACUGUGAGAAGAAGGUGUUUGUGGAUCAGCUCAACAUGUUAGUGAAGAGAGUCACAGAAGAAGGAGCCGUGGGGAAGGACACAUCCAGCAGUAACGGGGACCUGCUGCUCUGCCUCCACUCUCAGUAUCCAGGAGACAUCGGCUGCUUCUCCAUCUACUUCCUGAACCACUUGGUCCUGGAUCCGGGACAGGCCAUGUUCCUGGGAGCCAACGAGCCCCACGCCUACCUGUACGGAGAUUGCAUCGAGUGCAUGGCGUGUUCCGACAACACGGUGAGGGCCGGCCUGACUCCUAAAUACAUCGACGUCAACACGCUGUGCGACAUGCUGAGCUAUAGCCCCGCCCCUGCCGCCUCCAAACUGUUCCCGUGUGUUCAGGAUGCCUCGGACCCCUGUGUGUCUCUGUACGACCCCCCGGUACCGGACUUCACCGUCAUGAGGAUACAGGUCCCGGCCUCAGUGAAGCAGUACACCCUGGCUCCGGUUGACAGUGCCAGUAUCCUCCUGGUGAUCGAAGGCGACGCCACCGCCGCCUCUGCCGCCGCCCACUCUGAUGUCACGCUGAGACGGGGCACCGUCCUGUUCGUAUCGGCCAAUGAGAGCGUGUCUCUGCUCAUCACCUCCCAGACGGGGCUCACCAUGUUCAGAGCCUGCUGCCUCCUGUGAGACCACAUAGGCCCCCUACCCCCUACCAAGACCAGUUCAGGAGGAGACCCAACUGUACUUCCACUGAUUCACCUGCUGCACUUCACCUGGACCAGGGGGUUGGGGUAGGGGUCUGGUUCACCUGGACCAGUGGGGCCACAGUCUGGACUGGAUAUUAAACAGCUGACCGUCCAAACAGAGGAAACACUGAACACCCCCCGUUAGAAACUAUUUAACCCUUUAACGCCAACUGUGGCAAAUUUGCACCAAACCGUUUCCGUGACAGAACCAGCUGACAGUGUCUGUAUUCCCACUAACGUCGGCUCAGGCAUGCUCAGUACGUACCUGGUCAGAGCACUGAAAAUCCUUCUGAAUCUCCAUGUCUCGGACAGAUAAAUCUGUUGUAUUUCUUUUCCAUCUCUGCUGGCUGUUCUACCUGUGGUCACAGAUCUGCAUCAGAUCCACUUUUCUGUCACUUUAAUGUUCUACAGUCAGAUUAACGAUCUUCACUUAAUUUACCAUCUGCUUGAAAGAAAACCCACACACGAUUUAUUUCAUUUAAUAAACUUGUAUAUAAAGUGAGGCGUUAAGGGGUUAAAUGCACAAAAAUGAACACAUGACAGAUCAUGUGACGGAUCAGAGCCUCCAGACCCUAAACCAGUUUCAGACCAGGUUCUGGUACUAUUCAUUAUUCAUUAGUGCUGCUGAAGUUAGUGUUUGUAAAAUGGAAGUUUGUUCCAUAAACAUGUUCAAAUGUGAAUGACACACAUGGAAACCUGAACCUGAGUCUGAACCUGAGAAGGCUUUUGGCUCUGGUGGGUUCUGGUGGGUUCUGGUGGGUCGAAUCUGUUCGUUCCCAUCGGGGUCUUCGGUGUUCUGACCUUCCUCGUUUUCCCGUCUGACAUAAACGGUCAGACUGAGCAUGUGCGGUUUGUGAACCAGCAGAGUCUGGGUGUUUUAUAGUGAGUUUGUUUCCACUUUUCAGACUCCGACGCUGAGCCGUCUGUGCAUGUUUGAUUCAGAGCAGCGGGUCCGACUGCUUUUACCUGUUUUAUCUGUUCCCAGCGCAUGUCGACAUCUGAACACACUGAGUUACCCAACCAACCGCAGUCACAUGUGAACUGUUCUUCCCAAAGUGCACUGUCUGUUUUUGGACCCCUGUCAGACCCAGACCCAGAGACGCUGCUGGACUUUUCUGAGUAUUUGAAGCCACAUUUUUCAGACUUUGUACGUUCAGCUGUUUGUACCUGGACUACCUACUGUAACACCUUUGGUCUGGUCUUCAGUGAGCCCUCUCUGGUACUUUAUCUGGAUUUUCCUGUUGUAACCGUUUUUAUCUUGAAUCAAAUAUUUGAGAAUGAACGAAUGCUUUGACAUAUUCCUCUUUGUAGCCUGACCUGAAUGAACGACGCCUUUAAACCUGUUAGUGAUGGAACUCGUCCUCAAAAUAGAUGCACUCGACCCUUAGAUGUUCGUCGAUGAUUAACUGUUAAACAUAGAAGGAUGACAGAAGCUCAGACUCAUCUUUUCAUGACCAUAAUGUUACCUCAGAUCAGUCCGUCAGCUCUUGAAGCUUAUUUCUGCCAACAGACCUUUAAGUCAUUCACAAAUAUUCCAUGUUUUUCUUUCAAAGCCUGUGUUUUACACUGAGUUUCCUUUGGAUCUUUAACUUUCACAUGUUUGUUACUGAUAUUUUUUUGUUUUGAGUUGAAAUCACGUUUGUAUUAUUUAAAGUGCUGUCCUUCAAUAGCACAGAAAAGGGAGGGAUGGAAGCACUGUAGGUUUACUGAAGGUAUGGGUGAUUGUUUCUGCAGAUGGUGUCAUAUUUAUACAUCUGGUGAUGAUUUAAUAUUUAUAAAUCUGGUGAUGGUUUAAUAUUUAUAAAUCUGGUGAUGCUGUAGCAUGAGACUGAGGAGAACAUGUGGAUGUUAAUAAAGCCUUGGUCUGUUA